AUGAAGAGGACAGUCAACACCACGUGGUACCUGAGCCUUGCAAUCUCUGACUUUGUCUUCUGUGCCUUCCUCCCAUUCAACAUUGCCUAUGGGGCGAUGGAGAAUUGGAUCUUUGGUAAAUUCAUGUGCAAGUUCAGCUCAUGGGUGAUGUUCCUCAACAUGUUCAGCAGCAUCUUCCUUCUUGUUGUCAUCAGCGUCGACCGCUGUGUGUCGGUCAUGUUUCCUGUUUGGGCGCAGAACCAUCGCACGAUUAAAAAAGCAUCAGUCGUUGUUGUGUUUGCCUGGGUCAUGGCCAUUGUUUUCAGUGUUCCCUCAAUGAUCUACAGGGAUGUGGGCCAUCAUAUGCAUAGGACCAUUUGCUUCAACAAUUACACCGCAGGGACACAGAGUCACACGGUUAUAGCAGUGAGCCGUCUAUUGGCAGGAUUUGUUUUUCCCUUCAUCAUCAUUAUUGUUUGCUACUCCAUCAUCAUCGUCAGACUUCAAACCAGCAGGAUGGCAAAGUCAACCAGGCCCUUGAAAGUGAUGACGGCGCUCAUUGCUACUUUUUUCAUCUGCUGGCUGCCCUAUCAUGUGUUUGUGCUACUUGAGCUGAACCACCAUCUCUAUGACCGCAAGGUUUUAGACAUUGGGCUCAAAAUAUUCACUUCUUUAGCAGCGGCAAACAGUUUCCUCAACCCGGUGUUGUAUGUCUUCAUGGGGAAUGAUUUCAAGCAGAGGUUAAAGAGCUGUUUGCUCUCAAGGAUGGAGAACGCAUUGGGCGAGGAAGGCAACACCAUCAGCCGAUACUUGUCCAGGACCAGCUCCAUGGAUGGCAGAGCUUCUACACACAUUUAG